CCUAGGCUUAACCCCUCCGGCGCCUAACAGGACAGCAGGCCGGCUCCCUCGGACCAGGAAGAACUCUUGGGAGCAAGAGCGCUUUGAACCAUGGGGCAUCCCCCGCUGGAGUUCAGCGACUGCUACCUGGACAGCCCUGAUUUCAGAGACAGGCUCAAGUGUUAUGAGCUGGAGCUGGAGAGGACCAAUAAAUUCAUUAAGGACGUGAUCAAAGAUGGCAACGCGCUUAUCAGUGCAAUGAGAAAUUAUUCUUCAGCUGUUCAGAAAUUUUCUCAGACACUUCAAUCCUUUCAGUUUGAUUUCAUUGGAGACACUCUGACUGAUGAUGAAAUUAACAUUGCUGAAUCCUUCAAGGAAUUUGCUGAAUUGCUCAAUGAAGUAGAAAAUGAGAGGAUGAUGAUGGUAGAUAAUGCACAAAACUUAAGAAUUAAGUGAAUUAAUAACUAUAGACAUCUUAAUCUGUGCUUUCUCUCCCACAUCUAGGAGCGGAAAAAGAAAUUUGAAAAGGAUGGUGAAAGAUUUUAUUCUUUGCUGGAUCGGCACUUACAUCUAUCUUCCAAAAAGAAAGAAUCUCAGUUACAAGAGGCAGACCUCCAGGUGGACAAAGAGAGGCACAAUUUCUUUGAGUCCUCCCUUGAUUAUGUUUAUCAAAUCCAGGAAGUUCAGGAGUCCAAGAAGUUCAAUAUUGUGGAGCCAGUCUUGGCCUUCCUUCAUAGCCUCUUCAUUUCCAACAGCUUGACUGUAGAGCUCACACAGGAUUUUCUCCCAUACAAACAGCAGCUCCAGCUCAGUUUGCAGAAUACAAGAAAUCAUUUCUCCAGUACUCGAGAAGAAAUGGAAGAACUUAAGAAAAGGAUGAAAGAAGCUCCCCAGACAUGCAAACUUCCAGGACAGCCAACCAUCGAAGGCUAUCUCUAUACACAAGAGAAAUGGGCUUUGGGAAUAUCCUGGGUGAAAUAUUAUUGCCAGUAUGCAAAAGAGACCAAAACGCUCACCAUGACACCUAUGGAACAGAAGCCAGGUGCUAAGCAGGGGCCCUUGGACUUAACACUGAAGUACUGCGUGAGGAGGAAGACAGAGUCUAUCGACAAAAGGUUCUGUUUUGAUAUAGAAACUAAUGAAAGGCCAGGAACCAUAACUUUACAAGCCCUUUCAGAAGCUAACAGAAGGCUAUGGAUGGAAGCCAUGGAUGGAAAAGAACCUAUCUACCACAGCCCUAUAACAAAACAGGAAGAAAUGGAGCUGAAUGAAGUAGGGUUCAAGUUUGUUAGAAAGUGCAUCAAUGUCAUUGAGACCAAAGGGAUCAAGACAGAGGGAUUGUACCGUACUGUGGGCAGCAAUAUCCAGGUUCAGAAGCUGCUGAAUGCCUUUUUUGAUCCUAAAUGCCCAGGAGAUGUUGAUUUUCAUUAUAGUGACUGGGACAUUAAGACAAUCACCAGCUCCUUGAAAUUCUACCUCAGGAACCUUUCUGAACCUGUCAUGACCUACAGACUUCACAAAGAGCUGGUCUCUGCUGCCAAGUCUGACAACCUGGAUUACCGGCUGGGAGCUAUUCAUUCCCUGGUAUAUAAGCUACCUGAAAAGAACCGAGAGAUGCUGGAACUUAUUAUAAGACACUUGGUCAAUGUAUGUGAGCACAGCAAAGAGAAUCUUAUGACUCCCUCCAACAUGGGGGUGAUCUUUGGGCCCACUCUGAUGAGAGCUCAGGAGGACACUGUUGCUGCCAUGAUGAACAUCAAAUUCCAGAACAUCGUGGUGGAAAUCCUAAUUGAGCACUUUGUCAAGAUCUAUUCAGGUCCACCUGAAGAAAGUGCUAUACCCCCAGUGCCUCCACCUCGAGUAACAGCAAGAAGGCACAAACCGAUCACGAUUUCAAAGCGCUUUUUAAAGGAAAGAGCGGUUUUUUAUACUUCUUCUGUGGAUGAAAGUGAAGAUGAAAUCCAACAUCAAAGACCCAAUGGCAUUAUCACCAGCAGUAUAGAACCCCCCAAGCUACCACAAUACCCCAAACUGCCUAUUCAGAGGAGUGGGGAAGCUGAUACUGGGAGGAAGUCCCCAAGCAGGCUUCUUUCAGAUGGCAAGUUGGAAUCUUGUCCUGAUGUGGAUGUGGGGAAGUUGGUGUCUAGCCUGCAAGAUGUAGGGUCUAAGGCCAUAUCAAAGACCACCAAUGGACCUGUGCCAGGCUCUGGGCCCACCAAAGCUUCCUCUUUCCACAUUAAGAGACCAGCUCCUCGUCCCCUGGCUCACCACAAGGAGGGAGACUCUGACAGUUUCAGCAAAGUGCGGCCUCCAGGAGAAAAGCCAACCAUCCUCCGUCCUCCAGUGAGGCCUCCAGAUCCUCCAAGCCGGGCAGCUACUCCCCAAAAGCCAGAACCAAAGCCAGAUAUUGUGGUUAGCAAUACAGGGGGAAUCACAUCAUCUGUGGUGGCUUCCAGGGCCAGGUUCUUUGAAACAGCUUCCCGAAAAACAGGAAGUUCUCAAGGCAGACUUCCGGGAGAUGAGAGUUGAGGCCUCGGGUUUUGAAUCAUUGGCCUCAGGGGAUCUUCCACAGGUUCUGGAAGUAUCUUCUUCAAACUCUUGUGUGCUGAGUCA